ACUGAAACCACGAAAUGACAAAGUGCUGAAUAUCGAUUCUUAAGAAUGAAUAAAGUUUUCAUGAAAAAUGAAACUGAUAUAAAUUUAUUUUUUGGAAAAAGGAUCCUUUUUUCUAACUUAGUUACAACAUUCAUUUGACAUUAAACUAUAGAAUAUAAUUUGAACAAAAGCAAAGAAACGCCCUGAGUUCUUUAAAUUCAAAUGCUGAUUAAUAAACCGCUUCAGGCAUGUAUUGUAUAAAUAAACCUUGAAGCAAUGAAAACACGUGAAUAGUAGGCGGAGUUACGUUAUUGAAAAUAUGAAACAGCACAACGCCGAAACAAUCAUGGCACCCGCAAUCCUAGUGACGGGCGGGGCGGGCUACGUCGGCUCGCACACGGUGAUGUCGUUGCUUGAACGUUCAGACACGGUGGAAUUCGAAAUAGUUGUCGUGGACAAUCUCAGCAACGCAUACAGAGCGGAUGGCCAGAAAAAACCGGAACCAUUGAGGGUGAUAGAAGAGAUGACGGGGAAGAAUAUACACUUCUACGAUUUCGACAUCAGGGAUAAAGAAGGAUUGAAUAAGAUAUUUAUGGCUCACAACAUUGAUUGCGUGAUCCACUUCGCGGCCCUCAAGGCCGUGGGUGAAUCCGUCGAGAAGCCGCUGGAAUACUACCAGGCGAACAUAUCUGGUACAUGCACGCUAUUUGAGGUAAUGCGCAAUCACGGGGUAUAUAAGCUAGUGUACAGUUCUUCUUGUACCGUGUAUGGAGAACCGGAGAAGCUGCCGUUAGACGAGUCUCACCCCACAGGUCAGGGUCUGGCGAGCCCUUACGGACGGUCCAAGUUCUUCUGUGAGGAGAUUAUGAAGGAUAUUUGCAGGAGCGAUCAGAAAUGGAUGGUGAUAUCCCUGCGGUAUUUCAACCCGGUGGGCGCUCACCACAGCGGGCGGAUUGGCGAAGACCCCACGGGCAUCCCCAACAACCUCAUGCCAUUCAUAUCGCAGGUAGCAGUGGGCCGUCUUAAAGAGUUGUUAGUCUUUGGUAACGACUACCCGACAAUAGACGGGACCGGCGUCAGGGAUUAUAUUCACGUGGAGGACUUAGCCGAGGGCCACGUUAAAGCUAUCAAACUCUUCAAGCAGACCGGCUUUAGUGGUUUCCAUGCUGUUAAUUUAGGCACUGGCACGGGCUACUCGGUGCUGCAGAUGGUGUCGGCGUUCGAGCGCGCGAGCGGGCGGCGCGUGCCGCUGCGCGUGGUGGGGCGGCGCGCGGGCGACGUCGCCGCCAACUACGCCGACGUGGCGCUGGCGCUGCGCCUGCUGGGCUGGCGCGCCACGCGCUCGCUGGCCGACAUGUGCCGCCACACGUGGGCGUGGCAGAGCGCGCACCCCGCCGGCUUCCGGGACUGCUAGGCCCGCUGGCCGAGUUGCGAGGCACGGGGGACAUCGCAUCUUAGUUCCCAACACCGAUGGCGCAUCGACGAUGUGAGGAAUGAUCGAUAUUUCUUCUAUAUAUUUUAAAUUGAAAAUAAAAUUAUGGCGAUUGCACUUGUAUAUAUUCUCGGAACUUUCUCAUACUUCGCGACUGGGUUUUUAUAAUUUAAAUAAAUAUAUAUAUAUAUAAACAUAAUAUGUUCCGAUGCCAUAAACGAUGCCAUAUAUCAAAUGUUUGGGGAUUCUUCGAGUACUAAAAGUACUUGUAAAUAACUUUAAUGCUUUUUAUUGUAACAUAUUUACAAUAUAUAAUAAAUUUUAAUGGAUAAGAAUGAAAUGUAAACAUUCUAUUAUUCGUUAUUUUUUUUUAAUUUAUUUAUUAAAUUUAUUUCUUGAAGAUUUUAUGGCCUAAAAUUUGUUGCAGAUUUUAGUGCCUAAAGCACUAAAAAACUGUAAUUCAAUACAAACGUUGUCUUUAGCAUUUAAUAUUAACAAUCGAAUAUAUUCGAAUAAUGUUAUAAUAUUUUAUUGGGAAAAAUAAUAAUUAUAUGUAUUUGGUAGUGUUAGAAAUUAACAGCAAAAUUAUUUUAUUUAAUAUUUCUCUGCAAAAAGUUGAUGUU